AUGGCGAGCUUACGUAGUCAGGACGUUGAGAAUCUGGCGCGUCGGAUUCGGAUCUCCAGAGAAGCACGGCGGAGGAGUGGAUGUGUGGUUCCUUUGGGCGCGUGGGGUGGUGGGGGUUUAGAUCUGGUGUCAGAUCCGGACUUUGGUUGUGAGAUCUCUCUCCUUCCUCUUGCUUUCUCUGCUUGCUCUUCUCGGUUGGGUGAGUGGAUUCGCUUGGUUGAGGCGUCCUGGGUUCCCUUUGACGGUGGUGCUGCGGUGCUUCUUCCUCUUGUCUCGGUGGUCUCCGGCGGCGUGCUUUUGGGCCGGUCAAUCUUCCUCUCAGGGGCUUUUUUUGAGUGGCUUUCGGUUCCAAGCCGGAAUGGUCUUCGACGGGUUCUCCGUCGCGGGGGCUUCCCAAUGUCAAACCCUUGGGCCUCGGUCCGCCUUGCUUCCGCCUUGAUUCCGCCGUCUCUCGCCGCCGGUAACCCCUCCGCUGAACCUAACCUCGUCCCCCCUCUUCCACCUGACCCCCCUGACCCGUCCCGUAACCUCUCUUUGACCCAUUACCCACCACUUUCCCCCCCCUCUUCCCAUACUUCUGCAACUGCUCGUACUGUAGCUCCGGUUGUUACAGUCCGUUCUAAGCAAACCUCCUCUACUACUGACAUUGAAAUGCUGUCUAUACUGGAAAAUUCACUAUCCUUCCACCGAAACAUAGCUCCCCUCUCCUAA